UCGGCCUCUUUUUACGUUUCUCAUAACUCAUUGCACAAUUUUCGACAACGUUUCACUUGAUUUUUACCAGUUUAAUAUUUCAAAGUUUAGUAACCAUUGAAGUUUAUCAUCUACGGAAAAUAUGGAAGAAGUAGUAAAAACUGCAGCUGCGAACGAGCAAGUUCAUCAAACACAAACGCAACAGCAAGUUCCGUUUCAUCCUACGCCUGAAUAUUUAAUUGCAAUUAAUCCAGAAAAAUUAACCAUUACCAAGCUUAUGAAAGCCGUCAAAAAUAAUAACUAUGAUGCUAUUCAGAAGUCUCUGGCUGCAUAUGGUAUGCCCAAGAAUGGUACUAAGACAACCGAUUACUUGAUAUUACAGACAGCUAUCAAUCGUAAGCAUAAAGAAGUUGCCAAUCUUUUGCUUCAGUACAACUGCAACGUGAAUGAUUGUUCGGAAAGUGCUCAACAUAUACAAACCCCUCUUUACCUUGCUGUUGAUCAACAUGAUUAUGAAUUGGUUGAUUCACUUCUCAUGCGAGGUGCUCUCAUCGACAUGAAAAGCCAGCGAACUGGUCGUACUCCAAUGCACGAGGCUGCGAUCAAAAAACAGUAUAAGUCCUUAUACAGGAUGCUAGAUUUUCCAGGAAAAGUGAAUAUACUAGAUGAUGAAAACCAAACAGUUUUACAAAUUCUUCUUGAGCAGCAUGCUUUUCAAAAUGUUGGCAAUGUUCAAUUGCAUCCAUUGCUCAUCAAGAAACUUUUAUCUAAAGGAGCGCUCAUAAACAUCAGAGGAUGUAAUGGAUUAUCACUUUUACACAUAGCAGCUUUACUGAAGAAAAAAGAUGUUCUAUUAAUAUUAUUAACAUCUGUUCAAGCCCAAGGUUUAAUAAAUGCUUUAGAUAAUCAAAACAAUUCGAUACUCCAUGCUUUACUUAGUACAAAUGGCAUCUACGCAGAUAAUGCUGAAGAAGAAGAAAAUUUAAGUGCUUUCAUAAGUAUACUUCAACUUGGAGCUUAUUUUGAUGUUACUAAUAAACGAGGUCAACAACCUAUACAUUUGGCUGCAAAAAAUAAACAUUUCAAAAUAUUUGACUUAGCAUUAAAGUACACUCCAGAUGUAAAUGUUGUAGAUGUAGAUGGCAAAUCUAUUCUUCAUUAUUUUCUAGAAAACGUACCUCAAUUUUCUCCAGAACGGCUUGCAGAUUAUAAAUCUCUUCUGAAAACAGUUAUAUCAAAAGGUGCAAUUGUCGAUGCUAUAAGUAAUACUGGUGAUGUUCCUCUUCACAUGGCAGUCAAAUAUCAUGAUUUUGAAGUAUUUCUAAUAUUAUUAUCAGGCAUUGGCAAUAUAAAUGCUCUAGACCAUAAUAAAAAUACAGUGUUGCAUUUCUUGAUGGAAAGAAGUGAUUGUACACUAGAUGUUAUAGGAUUACUGAUAAAUAGAGGCAUAUGCAUAAAUGCAGUCAACGAAAAUGGUGAAACAGCUUUAGACAUUGCUGCCAAACGAAAACGAAUGGAAUUAUUUAAUCUUUUAAAACAGUACGAUCCAUCUAAUCAGAUGAAUGCAUUAAAUUUAAUUAACGGUGAAGUAACAGAGGAAGCUACUUAUGGUAAACGACCACUGAGUCCAAGUAUAAAUAAUCAGGAUCCUUUGUCAAAGAAAGUCAAAUCUUCUGAAAAUUCUUAG